CCUACCUACAUUGAAUAUUAUUUUGUUUUAAAUUUAUGUCCAUCGAAAUUUAAUGCGGAGUAUAUUAGAUCUAAGGUCGCGCGGGCUUAAACGUCUUUUGUAAGCAGUAUGACAUCACAAGUAACAAGAUUUUUACCAGCAACAUUCACCAAAUGGUUUGGCCAAAGUUCCAGUGCUAAUGGCUCCGCUAUUUUAACUGAAUCUUCAACAGAAGAUGAGGCAACCAAAAGUCCAAUUACAAUACCACCACCAGCAAAGCGAAUGCGGUACAGCCCAUCAGCAAAAACUUCAAGCUCACAUUUUAUUCCCAUAAGUACAAAGACAUCAAGUACUAACACUGAAGCUACAGAAUCUUUCAAUACUACACCAUCAACAUCUGACAAAAUAUUCAGAAGAAACACAAACCUUCUGUUAACACCCAGACAGAAAAAUGAUGAAUGUACAACUUCAACAAGUGACAGUAAAAUAAACAAUUAUGAUUUGUACAAAUCAGAAGUUCAUAUAGAGAGGAAAAGGAUGUCAAUAUUUGAUAAAACUAAAAAUUCAGAUACAGUUAUAGAUAAAGCAGUAGCAAGAUCAGCAUCAGCUAAAGUGCUUAGUCCCACUCAGCCAUACUUCAAAGAUGGAUUAUUGUCUUCACCAUAUUUUGACACUAGUACCUCCACUUAUGGUGGUGCGGGAGGUUCAUUCGUAAAUCAACCAAAUGUUAAUAGAAGGAGAAAAGCAGUUGCCAAAGAACCUAACACCAACAAUAAUGUUUCGAUUAGCUAUUCAUCUAGACGUGUUUUAGACCUGCUAGAAAAUUAUUCAUCCCUUUUAACAGACGCAAGGAGAAUACCUUCAAACACAACUCUCACUACUAAGUCUUUGCAAGCACAAGCAGACACUCAACAAAUAAAGAAUAAUUCAUACAAAAUGCAAGAGUUGCAUGUACCACAGAUUGCUUCUCUAAUAAGGCUCAAACAAAAGCAGCUAAUGAAUUCAAAUGCAGCUCGACAAAUUAUUGCAUCUCUUAGUAGCUCUGCUCCAUAUCCUCAAAGUCCAAUCAGUAAUUUUUUUACAGAUGGUUAGUUUUUUCCU